UUACAGUUCGUCCCAAUGAGUGCGAUCACCACAAUUAAGUCAUUUUCUAUGUCUGCUCCAUCAACACCCAAACCGAAUGAGUUCCGGGUAGAGACAGAUACCUUUGGUCCCAAAAACGUACCCGCAGACAGGUAUUGGGGCGCGCAAACGCAACGGUCAUUGGAGAAUUUUCGCAUCGGUGGCCCUCGCGAGCGUCUUCCACUUCCUCUUGUUCAUGCGUUUGGCGUGUUGAAGCGUGCCGCAGCGUUGGUCAAUUUAGAAUACGGAUUGGAUCCGAAAAUUGCCAAUGCUAUUGCUGAGGCUGCUACCGAGGUUCAGCAAGGAAAGCUGGAUGAUCAUUUUCCUCUUGUAGUGUUCCAGACAGGAUCCGGUACCCAGUCAAACAUGAAUGCCAAUGAAGUCAUCAGCAAUCGUGCCAUUCAAUUGCUUGGGGGCCAGAUGGGUACUAAAAAGCCGGUGCAUCCUAAUGAUCACGUUAACAUGUCACAAUCCUCGAAUGAUACAUUCCCCACCGUUAUCCAUAUUGCUAGCGUGUGUGAAAUUAACGACCAUUUAUUGCCAGCUCUUCAGCGGCUACUUGACGGAAUUCGUCGCAAGCAAGAACAGUUUAGCGACAUCAUUAAAAUUGGCCGUACUCACUUGCAGGACGCUACUCCGCUUUCUCUUGGUCAAGAGUUUUCGGGCUACGCUGCACAAGUGCAAAAUGCUAUCGAACGUAUUCACGACGCUCUCCCCCGUUUGUCGCAGCUUGCGCAAGGCGGUACCGCUGUCGGCACAGGUCUUAAUACGCAUAAGGGCUUUGACGUGAAAAUUGCACAAAAGGUUUCUGAGUUGACUGGCCAUCCGUUUACCCCUGCUCCCAACAAGUUCGAGGCCUUGGCUGCUCAUGAUGCCGUUGUCGAGAUGAGCGGCGUCUUGAACGUGAUUGCCUGUUCUCUUAUGAAAAUUGCUAAUGAUAUUCGCUACCUUGGUUCUGGUCCCCGUUGUGGCUAUGGUGAACUUUCACUGCCAUCAAACGAACCAGGAAGUUCAAUUAUGCCUGGCAAGGUGAAUCCUACACAGUGUGAGGCUAUGACGAUGGUCUGCGCUCAGGUAAUGGGCAACCAUUCGACUAUCACCGUAUGCGGAAUGUCUGGACAAUUUGAAUUGAAUGUCUACAAGCCUUUACUGGGUCGCACGCUGUUACAUAGUAUUCGUCUUUUGGGUGAUGCUUGUGAAUCGUUUUCGGAACACUGUAUUGCUGGUUUGGAAGCCAACCGCGAACGGAUAUCGAAGCUGAUGCACGAGUCCCUCAUGCUCGUGACAGCUUUGAACCCACGUAUUGGUUAUGACAAUUCUGCCAAGAUUGCUAAGAGCGCUUUGAAAAACAAUACCACAUUGAAGGAUGAGUUUAUUCGUCUAGGAUUUGGCGACGCUCAGCAAUUUGACCAAUGGGUGCGCCCAGAAAACAUGAUUUCUUCUAAUUAG